AUGACAGCAAUGGCGUCGCCAGCAGCUCCCGCGAACGACGUUGAGACAGUGGCGAUGUCAAAUCUUCUCCCGCUAGCCUCCGCAGCUCAGCAGCCAUACGUCUCUGAGCUUCUCUCUUUCACACUCGAUCGCCUUCACAAGGAACCGGAAUUAUUGAGAGUCGAUGCGGAGAGAAUACGGAGGCAGAUGCAGGAGGUGGCCGUGGGCAAUUACCGUGCUUUCAUUGCGGCGGCAGAUGCGUUGCUCGAGAUCCGGGAGGAGGUUACUUCGAUUGAUAAGCAUCUCGAGUCCCUGAUUGCUGAAAUUCCUAAGCUAACAUCUGGUUGCACUGAGUUUGUUGAUUCUGCGGAACAUAUUUUGGAGAAGAGGAAGAUGAACCAAACAUUACUGGCAAAUCAUAGUACUUUGCUUGAUUUGCUUGAAAUUCCUCAGCUCAUGGACACAUGUGUGAGAAAUGGAAAUUAUGAUGAAGCCCUUGAUUUAGAGGCAUUUGUUGCGAAACUUACUACGAUGCACCCAAAAAUUCCGUUGAUUCAGGCUCUAGCUGCAGAAGUUCGGCAGACUACCCAGUCUCUUCUCUCUCAGCUUCUCCAGAAACUUAGAUCUAACAUUCAGUUGCCUGAGUGCCUCCGCAUCAUAGGAUAUUUACGUCGAAUAGGAGUUUUCAAUGAGUAUGAAAUGCGUCUACAGUUUUUAAGAUGCCGUGAAGCCUGGCUUACUGGAAUACUUGAUGAUCUAGACCAGAGAAACCCUUACGAAUAUUUGAAAGGGAUGGUGAAUUGUCAUAGAAUGCAUCUUUUUGAUGUUGUUAAUCAGUACCGGGCCAUAUUCGUUGAUGACACAUCAGGAAACGAAGAAAAUUAUGAUGGUGGCCUUCUCUUUGACUGGGCCAUGCAUCAGAUUACCUUGCACCUGAAGACCCUCAAAAUCAUGCUUCCUAAGAUAAGUGAAGGUGGAUCUUUGUCAAAUAUUCUUGAUCAAAGCAUGUAUUGUGCUAUGGGCCUUGGUUGGGUUGGGUUGGAUUUUCGAGGACUGCUUCCCCCACUUUUUGAAGAAGCAGUCCUUAAUUUGUUUUCUAAGAAUAUGAGGACAGCAAUCGAAAAUUUUCAGUUAGUCCUGGAUUCUCACCGGUGGGUCCCAUUGCCAGCAGUUGGCUUCCCUGCAAGUAGUUUGAAUGAAGAAAGUCGUGAAGAUGUCACACCUCCUUCGAAUCUAAUGGAGCAUCCGCCACUUGCCGUUUUUAUCAAUGGUAUAUCUGCCGCUAUGAAUGAACUACGCCCUUGUGCUCCUUUAAGCCUGAAAAACUUGCUUGCCCAAGAACUAGUUAAGGGUUUGCAGGCAGUUUCCGAUUCGCUCCUGAGAUACAGUACAACUAGGAUGCUCAAAGAUAAUGAGUCUGUUCUUUUUAUUAAGCUGUGCCAUGCUUUUGUUGAGGUCGCUUUCCCUCAUUGUGCAACAUGCUUUGGCCGUUGUUACCCGGGCUCGGCAGCUCUCAUAUCCGAUGCAAAAAACUUAUUCGAUGGACUUAGCCGUUUAUUAGCAUCCUCGCCAUCAAGGGAACUACCAAAACCUACUAUCAAUGCUGAGGCUAAUACAAACACUAAUACAUCGGAAAAUGGUAAUUCGCCAACUGUGGAAAAUGGGGUGAUGAAUGGCAUCCAACGAACCACGAGCUCCACCCUAUCGGAAAAAAACCAGGAUUACACGAGUCCACUGAAAGAUAGGGUGGAUUCACAUGAAGAUGUCAAAGGAUCAACAGUAACAUGA